GCAGGAGCGAGGAAAAAAUUUUGUGAUUCCUGUUCGCGCAUCUCCUCGCAGAAUCUCCCACCACCACCACCACCCCCACACCCACACCGCCCGCAUCCGCCAUCCUCCAUUGAUUCUUCUCCCCAUUCUUGUCAGGCUCUUCCUUUACACUGCCCAUUCCGAACCCACUGCUGGUGCAUGCUUCACGAGAGUCAUCGGUGCGUAUCCCUGGCCCUAUCACACUCCCAAGAUUGUUGCCCGAGGCACGCCAAGACGGGAAUACUCAAUCCGGGUACUGUCGCUGCCUGGCAGGGCCUGUCUGAUUUGGCCUUGUUGGGUUGUCACGGCCCCGGGAGAGGGCAUGUUUUGUUGGCCUUGUUAUCACAUCCUUUCCCUCCUCUACCUUCUACCUCCCUUCUGACCAGAUUCCAGUUGCCGUUUUCUAGGGCCCAUUCCGCUCCCAUUCUCACAGGGAACAUUCACUGGUACGUUGAAAUCGGAAGGGGCAGAGGAUUGAGAGAAGAGAACGAGGAAAAAGCGUCGAAAAGAAACAUGUUUGGGCACAAUCCAAUUACUAGUCAUUCACACAGCCGACGAAGAUCCUCCUUGUCGAGUAUGUUCUUCUCCGCUGCUUCCUCCGUCGCAACUCCGAGUAAGUUAAUGACUGGGGGUGGGGCUCGUCUGGGGUGGAGUUACAAAGGGCCGGUUUUUUCCGUGUUUGCGGUUGGAGGGCUGAUGUUUGUUUUGGGAUGUCUAGGCAACAAGUCGAGCGAUGGCGAUAGGGUCGAUUCUGAGGAGGAGACCGUGGUGGACGAUGGGGAGAAGAACAGUACGUGAUCAAACGGCCGUGGAUGUUGAGUUCCGGCGGAUUCGAAAUGGUGAGAUCCGUGCGAGCGUGCUGAUCCAAAUUUUCCAGUGCUACUCUCGAUAAUAUCGCAGCUUCGACCGGGUGCAGACUUGAGCCGGAUCACGCUGCCCACCUUCAUCCUGGAGCCGAAGAGUAUGUUGGAGAGGAUUACGAAGUAUGGAGGCGAUUCGAUUGACUUUUCAGGAAGAGGCUGAUUCUUUUUGUGUCGUGCAGCUUCAUGCAACACCCUGAAACAUUACUCCCGAUGAGCGAGGUGGAGGAUCCUACGGAGCGGUUUAUAUCGGUUGUUAAAUUCUAUCUCAGCGGAUGGCACAUCAAGCCCGUGUAAGCUUUGUUUUUCCGGUCGCUGCUUGGUGGAUGGCCUUGUGCUGAUGUUCACUUAGAGGAGUCAAGAAGCCAUUGAACCCCAUUCUUGGCGAGUACUUUACAUGCUAUUGGGACUUUAACGAGACACCCGGGACUCAAGCCUUCUACAUUUCCGAGCAAACUUCCCAUCAUCCUCCAAAGUCUUCAUAUUUCUACAUGGCCCCUCACCACCAUAUCCGUAUCGAUGGUACACUGAAGCCACAGUCUCGAUUCCUUGGCAAUUCGGCCGCCUCUGUGAUGAGCACCUCUGUUGUGGUCCUCCGGCUGCUUAACCGGGGUUCUGCGGCGGGGAAACCGGACGGCGGGGAAAAGUACAUCUUGACCCAGCCUAACAUGUAUGUUCGGGGGAUUCUCUUUGGGAAAAUGAAAUAUGAACUUGGCGAUCACUCAUAUGUCAAGUGCCCCGAAUUGGAUCUGGUGGCCGAUAUAGAGUUUAAGGUCAAGGGAUUUUUCACCGGAGCGUAUAACGCUAUUGGUGGUUUUAUCAAGAGGGAAAGCACCGGCGAGGCUUUGUAUGAGAUAGCUGGCAGCUGGAACGGUGAAAUCUUCAUUAAGGAUGUUCUGGUGAGCUUGUCCUUGCUACAAGUCUAUGUCUGGGAGCUGAUGAAGAUAGACCGGCAAGAGAGAUUUGCUCUUUGAUGCUACGGACGCAAAUCCUACACCUCCGGUCGUUCGGCCGUUGUCUGAGCAGGAUGACCGCGAAUCCCAGAAACUGUGGAAGCCUGUUACCUCCUCUUUGAAGAAGAGAGACCAAGAUGCUGCAACUGAGGAAAAGUUUCGGAUUGAAGAUAGGCAACGAGAGGAAGCUAGGCUGAGGGAGGCCGAUGGCGUGGAAUGGACCCCGAGGUUCUUUCGAAGAGUUGAUCCUGCAAAAGGGGAAGAGGAGGAAUUGGAUUGGAUUAUUUCGACUCACAUGUGCGUUGCCCACCGUUGUAGUGGCGGGUGCGGGAUGUGAUAUCUGACAAGCUUGGUUUAUAGUGAUGGCACAACACCCGAGGAGCAAAUCAAGCAAAUCCUCACCAUUGCCCCGAUACUUACUGGGGUUAGACGGAACAGUAAAUAUGACAUCCCACCCCACCACGGAAAGGUACCGGAGGAGGCCAAAGGAGAUUCCGAUCUACUGGAUGUAUCGUCUCACUUGCAACCUGCUGGCGUCUAUACUCAGGUACAUAGGACACCACAACCACCAUCUGCUCUUGAAGCGGACUUGAUAGAUUUUGGAUCGGAGGCUGAUGAAAAGGACGAUGGCUUGGGGCCUGCUUUGGUGCCAACCAGUAAAGUGAUUGCAGCAACAGGACGUUUCGGCUCAUCUGGUUUCGAUGAUAUGUGGAAACUCGGAGGAUCCUUGCCGGAGACAAAGACAGGACCGAGUUGCGAAAAGUUAGAACCAAAAUCGGCGGGGAGCAGUAUUGUGAUGAGUGGCGACGAUGAUGGCGACAGAUUUGAGGAUGCGGUGGAAGCGUAGAUUUGGUGAUUCGCGAAUUCAACAUAAAAACGGAUCGGUUUUAGGGCGGGCAAGGAACAUUAGCAUUAAAUGAUUACGGAUCAUUCGACGAGUAUAAUUGGCGUAGGCAUGGGGCAAGUAUCUCUUUUUGCAAGGAACCUGAUGUGUAUAACAUUGCCAUUUGGCUUUCUUUUAUUACCUUUCUUCAUAUGUUUCUCUAUUCCAAUCUCAGUCUUAUCCCUGGAUAUCAAAUUUUUUUUCUUCUCGUCCGUUUUUAUAUUCUGCGAGGUUUGUUUUUUUGCGUGUAGACUUGUUUUACGCCCGCGGUUUAGAAACGGGUGGGGAGGGGACGGGUGUUGCUAGAUUGGGGUACCGGUAGGUGAACUGGUGCGACUGAUGCAGGUGUGGAUGUUAUUACGAAUGCCAAGGCGCCCGUUGGGAGAGAAUAAAGUUAGAUUUGAGUGGGCGG